UCUCCUAGGAGAUCAGUAGUGGAGCAGAAUGGCGGCCAGGCUGGAGGAGCUGAACGUGACCCCGGAGGAGCUGGAGCGCUUCAAGUCCGCCUUCCAGGACGUCCGCUUCCGGGAGCUGUUCGCCCAGUACGCUGAGGAGAUCAGCGACCCGGAGAACCGGCGUCGCUACGAGCAGGAGAUCAGCGAGAUGGAGCGGGAGAGGGGCAUGGACGUCCAGUUUUUGCACCCGGAGCCGGGCCAUGUGCUGCACACCAGCCUGGACGGCCAGGGAAGCUGCUACCUUAACAUCUGCAGCAACGGCCUGGUGCGCCGUCCUCACUGCGUGCCGGGUACAGACCGGGAGGGCCGGUCUGGUCAGCACUGGAGCCUGCCGUGUUCCCUGAGCCCAGCCCGGGAGGAGCUAAGCCCGGACGGAAGCCGGGAGGUCAUCUAUGAUGUCAUCUUCCACCCGGAUACCCUGCGCCUGGCUGCCAACAGUGACAAAUUCAAGGCCAUGGUGGACCUGACCGCCCUGGAUACAGUGUCCCAAAGCUUCCAUGUGGUCCUGGAUGCCACCAACGUGCGCACACUGGGAGAGAAAUACCGGGGGGUGCCGCAAGCCUGCGUCACCCGCAAACCCCGCCCUGGUGCCAACCCCAAGCAGCAGGAUCCUGGAGAUCCGCUGAGCUUCCCUUACCCCUACGAUGUGCCAGGAGGUCAGAGGAAGAGCAGCCGCGGUCACCCGAAGGUCCAGCCGCAACCUGAAGACCGUAAAGCCAACCAGGAGCCCACCGUUCCCCGGUACACCAUCCACCACCGGUCCUAUGUAGAUAUGCAAGACUAUAGGGAUGCUAGGGAUUCGGCGCCCAGCCCCGUACCAAAGGAGCUGCUCAUCACCGUAGAUCUGCCGCUGCUGAGCUCGGCGUCUGAGGUCAAACUUCACAUCGAAGGCAAAGCUCUGAGUCUGGAGUCCCAGAAGCCGGCCUAUAAGCUGCAGCUAAAACUGCCCUACCUGGUGGAGGAGGAGAGAGGGACGGCCCAGUUCAACAAGUUCAAGAGGCAGCUGGUGAUCACUGUGCCCGUGGUCCAGCAGAACCUCCUGAAACUGAUGCAGGAGCAGCUGGCUGAUGUCCCAGAACCUGAAUCUGAAUUGUCCACAUCCCCCGACCCUGAGCCCCAGGAGUCUGACGAUACCCAGGAGUCUGGCAACGCGCCGGAGAGGCCUCCUUCAGACAAAGAACCUGAGGGGGUCGAGCAGCCAACUACGGAUGGAGCCGAUGCCAUUAACGUCGUGCUCGCGGCUUCCCCGGAGUGCCCCAUCUUCACGUGCUCACAGGAUGCCACCUCACUGACUUUGGUGAUUCACGUAAAGGACAUCGAUGAGCACAGUAUCACCUCUGAGGUCGGCAGCUAUGAGUGCGAGAUUCGGUUUUGUGUGACGCACACCAACGCCCCGUACGUCUUGUUUGUACAGUUUCUGCCGCAAUACAACCUGAACACGAACAAUACCGCCGUGAAGGUUUCCGAGGACAACAUGGUCAUAGAGCUGACCAAAUCCUCCGAGUGCUUCGGGCUCUGGAAGAAUCUCUACUUCGGUGUAAAUAGCAAUUCCCUGCAGGAAAGAAGAUUUAUUAAUGAAGAGAAUGUGCGGGAACUCCUGGAGAGCGGUUUACGCCCUUCUACCAUUCCCUGGUCUACGCUAGAAGACCAGCCGCUGAUUAACGUUCUUGAAAUGAACGAUGAAAGGACCCGCAUCCAGCUAAAUAAACCGGAGCUGGAGGAGGAAAGCUAUCUGGUCCCCAGGGAGCGAUACGCCGGCCUGAGUGACGUGAAGAAACAGAUAAGUUACCAGUCAGAUGAGACGGGAUUAUCUGACACCGGAGCAGAAGGCAGCCUGCAGGAUCCACACCCAGGUGUCUAUGUGGAAAGUCCAGGCAGACCGUUCCAGACAGAACACCCAUCAGACGGUACCUGCCGGGGGCAGCAGGAAGACUCCGGCACAGAAGACGAGGGACUCUAUUUCAAAGAAAUCCCAGUCAGAGAACUGGAUGAAGACGACAUCCCCGACGUGACAGAACAGGUACAGGCCUGUGUGUUACAGAACUCUGAACCUAGUCCUGUCCUAAAGGAAGUAGAUGGCAGCACACCAGUCGCCUCCGACCACAAAACCCAAUGUGCCUUCAGCUUUGAGAACGCCUUACUAUUUGAGUUAGAUUAACGCUCCCUACUGAUUUAGUUGUUUGAAAAU